AUGGCUGAUCCUGUCUCGACUGCCGAUCCCGUGGCGCUAGAAGUUGAUGAGGCCGACACUGAUACUGCCAGCGAUACUGACUCCCUUGGUCUAAAUGAAGGGAGCUCCACUUCGUCAGUUACCUCAAGCAUUCUAAAGUAUCGCCAAGAGAACGGCCGCACGUAUCACGCGUACAAGGACGGACAAUAUGUGAUCCCUAACGACGAGCAGGAGCAGGAUAGGCUCGAUUUGCAACAUCAUCUUUUUCUUAUCACCUUUGAUGACAAGCUCUAUUUAUCACCCGCCGGUCGCGAAGGUCGCCAACUACACAAUGUUCUCGACGUUGGGACAGGCACCGGACUGUGGGCCAUGGACUUCGCCGAUGAGCAUCCCAGCGCUUCAGUCAUCGGAAUUGACCUCAGCCCCAUCCAAAGUCCCUUUGUUCCUCCGAACUUGAGCUUCCAAAUCGACGACAUUGAAGAGCCGUGGACAUUUCAUGUCAAGUUCGAUUUCAUCUACAGUCGCAUGAUGACUGCAUCCAUCGCUGACUGGCCCGGCUUCUUCGCCAAGGCCUACGAUAAUCUCAAUCCCGGCGGCUGGAUCGAACUGGCAGACAUUUACCCUAUUACCAGCGAUGACGGAACUCUCGCAAAAGACUCGGCAACUCAUGAAUGGGUUACCAAAUUGCUGGACGGCACAAAGAUGAUUGGACGGCCAUUCGACGGGGCGGAUAAGUAUAAGGAACAGCUCGAGGCCCAGGGCUUUCAGAACGUCCAACAGGUCGUGUUCAAAUGGCCUCAGAAUACUUGGCCGAGAGACAAGAAGCACAAAGAGCUUGGUGCUUGGAAUCUCGAAAACAUCAGCUCUGGCCUUGAGGGUCUCAGCUCUGCUGUCUAUACACGUGUCCUCGGCUGGAGUAAAGAAGAGCUGGAUGUAUUACUCGCCAAGGUCCGCCGCGAAAUGGAAGACAAAGCCAUUCAUUCUUACUGGCCUAUAUAUGUUGUAUAUGGACAGAAGCCGGAGAAAUGA